AUGGGCCCCCACGUGUCAUCAGUGGAUGGUCCUUCCCUCGAUGGGCAGUUAUCCUUGGCACACCCCAACCCACCUUUUUCCUCCCAUCUAGGGAGACCCUGCACAGACAACUUCAUGAUGAUAAGGGGCAUACUAAUCUUUCUGAUCCUAAUUACGGAGGUGCGGAGGAAAUUUCUCUAUAACAACCACUGCACGUAUUUGUGGGGGUUCCUAACGCUGCUGUGCAGUGUGUUCGUUUUGUCUUUCUUGCGAUAUAGCAGGAGAGGAAGUAAAAGCCAGUGGAAAAUAAAAGGGAAGGUUUUCCCUCCGGGGACAGAAAAUGAAACAAGUCCACGUAGUGGUUGCAACCCAUUUUGGAGCCCCACCUUAACCAUCGGGGCGUAUCACCACAGGGAAAAGAUCCCACCGGGGUUCAUGAACAAAAAGGAGAAUCUCAUAUCUCUGCGUCUGUACGAGAAGGGGAUUAUUGGCACUUGGCCUUUGCUCCUUCAGAUACAUGGCGAUAACUUUUUCCCGUCGUUUUUUUUCCCCUUUCUCUCAACCCUGCUGGCUUUGAAAUAUGACGUCUUAAACUCUGGCCCGGCGAAGCUCUCCCUCGCCCUCGUGAACGAGUUCCUCCUCGGUAGCGUUUUCCUGCGAUACGUGCGGGUGAACGCCUGGGCCUACCUCCUCUUCUACGUUCUCCUCUUUCUCGCGACGCUGGGCGCAAUGCGAAUUCACGAGAGCUUCGCUACCUGUUCCCUCUGGUUUGCCCUUAACUUUGUCUUCUAUCACAUGAUCGGAAUAGCGGCCUUUCGGCUAACGGAUGGGGUGUUUUCCUUCCUGGAGGGGGCGACGGUGAGCGUAGCGGGGACCCUCCUCCUGGACGCUUACGCAUACGGCCUCUUCCAUGCGCACCUCGAUGGGAACGUCGUUCCAAGUGUGUUGUCUGUGUUCCUCAGUGGGGUGGCCCUCAGUUUGACUCUCUAUGCCGCCUACUGCGCGUACUUGCUGCGUCGGGCCGACGACCAGAAGGGGAAGGUCCUCAUCGCCUCGCUGGCGUUCCUUCUCUACAACAUCCUCAACCUCGGCGCCAGAAGAUACGACUCUUUGAGUGAAACGGACACAAGUGCGAUGCAAACGUUAGUCCACCUCCUAUGGAACCAACAGAAUUACAUUUUAAUUUUUGCCUGGCUUGUCAUCACAACUCUGUAUGUAGUUUACAUUGCCAAGUCGGUGAGGAGAAAUGGGAACCUGUCUUACCUGAGGAAGCACUACCAUUUCCUUCUUUUUGUGAAUGUCCAGUUGGCUUUUCUCUUGGGGAAGGUGGAGCUCCUUGUGGUGACCCUCUCCUUCGCGUUUCUCCUGCUGCUGUUCCUAGAAGUCACGAGAAAAAUCGGCGAAGCGCUGUCACCGGAUCGAAACGCGCUGCAUAAGUUCUUCACCAGUUUUACUGACGAUAGAGAUAGGAAGGGCCUGGUUGUUACCCACAUUUACCUCUUGGCUGGGGUCUACAUCCCAAUCGUCGCGGACGCAUCGUUGAACAAUAAGAACUACCUGCGGAAGGGAACCCGAAGUGUCUUUCUCUUCCGGGACGCCGACCUGCUUCUCUACAGCUCGGGGCUGAAUGCAAUAUGCAUAGGCGACUCAUUUGCCGCCAUCGGGGGACUUCUGUUCCCCACCCCGAAAAUUAGAAAGACAAACAACAAGUCGUACGCAGGAUUUCUCUUUUUUUUUUGUUCUACAUUUUUAUCGCUUUUGCUUGAGAGCUACUUCGUUCAAAAAACACCGUUGGCCAGUUUGACCGCCAUUUUUAUGGUGUCCCUCUUCGGUGCCUUAUUCGAGGCAUACCUCCACGACAUAGAUAAUUUGAUACUACCCCUGUUCACCUUUUGCGUACCAUCGGACAUCACAAUUUUGGAGCACAAGUACGCGAGGAAGAAUGAGAAGAGAAGGAUCAAUUUUUUUAAGAGGCUGUUUAUCCAUUUUUCCUUUUUCACCAUCGGAAAUAACUGCAAUAAAUUGAGCAGCCAUGAUGUGAUUAAGGUGCUAUCGAAUGUGUAUGUAGAUGAUCCAAGUGAAAGUAGAAAUCUGAACCCGAUUAAUAUUAUCAACAUUUUGAAUACGAGACAGAGGGAUAUCGAGAAGCAGGUACAGUGCAAGCUGUGGUCCUUUGUGGGCUUCCUGCUGCUGCCCCUGUACAGCCUGAACAAGUUUAAGUACUACGACGCCAAGAGCAAAAUUAUUGUCGCACCGUUUUUUUCCAUCGCGGGGAUUUACCUGGGCUCCUUCCUCGGAAAUGUGGCCACCGGCAGUAACAGGAUGAAGCUGUUCCAAAGAGGCCUCCUCCCCCUUGUGUGCUGCUCCGCUUGUUUGUCCCUUCUCACCGGAACGGACGCAGUGGCAUACGACUUAUCUAAUUUGGGGUCGGCGGAAAAGAGGCUGGCCCUGAACCUGCUUCAGGUGUUCGAAGAGACGCGGAGUGCGGAGCGGGGGUUCUACGAGCGGCUGGACAACUCGCAGAAGAUUUUCGACGAAGUGGGGGCGGGGAGAGCCCCGAAGGGAGGUGGUAUUGGCGGCGGUGGUAUUGGUAGUGGCGUAGUUCGGGGAACACCGCCCUCCUCCUUCGUGCAAGUGAAGUCCAAAGGGCCAGUCGAAGAGGAAACCAUCUGGAGGGCCCUUUACGACACGCAGCUGAGGAGAUCCCCGCCGAACGAACAGGUGCAUGUUUACUCACUGGAGAAUGUAAGCAAAGAAUUCGAGCAAGCUCAGGCGGAAGCUUUUGUCUCUCAAAUAGUUACGCUGAAGAAUCAGUUUGAGUUGAAUUUAAAUCGCAUGAGGGAGGAGCUGCCAAGGGUUAAAAAGGUACAUGAAGCCAUAAAUGAAGCAAUCGCUUUGGAGGAAAGAGUGGGGCAAGUGGGGCUGGCGCGGGGAAGCUCCAAAAACGCCGCCCUCAGGGGGGACAGCGGAACGAAGGUUCUCUGUUAG